GUCCGCCCCUUUGCCGGGAGCGGCGGCGGCGGCGAGAUGGCGGAGGAGCGGGGCCUCGCCAUGGUCACCUGCACGGCCCCCGUCAACAUCGCCGUCAUCAAGUACUGGGGCAAGCGGGACAACGACCUGAUCCUGCCCAUCAACUCCUCCCUGAGCGUGACGCUGCACCAGGACCAGCUGAAGACCACCACCACGGCCGCCGCCAGCCGGGAUUUCGCAGAGGACCGGCUGUGGCUGAACGGGGAGGAGGCCGACGUGGGGCACCCCCGGCUGCAGGCCUGCCUGCGGGAGGUGCGGCGCCUGGCCCGUAAGCGCCGGGGCGGCAGCGACGAGGACGCAGCCCCGCUCAGCCUCUCCUACAAAAUCCACAUCGCCACCGAGAACAACUUCCCCACCGCCGCCGGCUUGGCAUCCUCCGCCGCCGGCUACGCCUGCCUGGUGUCGGCGCUGGCGCGGCUGUACGGCGUGGAGGGCGAGCUGUCGGAGGUGGCGCGGCGCGGCUCGGGCAGCGCCUGCCGCAGCAUGUUGGGGGGCUUCGUGCAGUGGCAGCGGGGCGAGCGGACCGACGGCAGGGACAGCCUCGCCCACCAAGUGGCCCCCGAGACGCACUGGCCGGAGCUCAGGGUCCUCGUCCUGGUGGUCAGUGGGGAGAAGAAGCAGGUGGGCAGCACGGCGGGGAUGCAGACCAGCGUGGACACCAGCCCCUUGCUGAAGCACCGGGCAGAGGCGGUGGUGCCAGAACGCCUGGCCCUGAUGAUGCGGCACAUCCGUGAGCGGGACUUCGAGGGCUUCGGGCAACUCGCCAUGCGGGACAGCAACCAGUUCCACGCCACCUGCCUCGACACCUUCCCCCCCAUCUUCUACCUCAACGACCUUUCGCGGCACAUCAUCGCCCUGGCACACCGCUUCAACGCCCACCACGGGCGCACCAAGGUAGCCUACACCUUCGACGCCGGCCCCAACGCCGUCAUCUUCACGCUGGCCGACACCGUGGCCGAGUUCGUGGAGGUGGUGAGACGCAGCUUCCCCCCCGCCGCCAACGGGGACCAGUUCGUGCGAGGGCUGCCGGUCGGCUCGGCCUCGCUGCCGGAGGAGCUGCUCGCGGCCGUGGUGACGGAGCCGGUGCCGGGGGCUGUCCGGUACAUCCUGCACACCAAGCCUGGCCCCGGCCCCCAGCUUGUGGAUGACCCCGGCCAGCACCUCCUGGGAGCGGACGGGCUGCCCCGCCGCCGUGCCUGAGCCCCGGUGACAUCGCCGGUGACACCGCCGGUGACGGCCGUGAUGCACCGGGACGGGGGGGCUCAGGGUGCUGAGUCCGGCCCGGUGCAAAGCCGUCCCCAGCCCCAGGGUGGGACGUGACUCCUGGGGCUGGUUUUUACUCUUUUGUAAGGAAAUAAGAGUUUUUCUGGCUGCA